AUGGCGACGGGAGUGAGCUGGGCAGAUCAUGCUGCCAAAUGCAACGGCUCGAAAGCAACUCUCGCGGACCCGGCGCUGCACUACGACCACGAUAUGCAUUUGAAAAUGAGUAAGAAGAUCGCCCAGUUAACGAAGAUUCAUGUGCAGAUCAAGAUGGCUGAAGGAAGUGGUGGGAGUAGACAGUUGUAUGUCAGCAGUGGAAUAAAAAUACUGCAGGUCUUUGAAAAACUUCAGAUGGCAGCAUAUCAGCAGGCUUCGGGUUCCCACACAGAGGUAGUGAGGGAGCCCCAUGCCACAGCCUGCUAUCCCAGAGCUGCUGGCGGAGUUAUCUCCAGAGUAGGAGAUGUAGACACUGCCUACAGCAGUGGAAGAGCAUCCAUUGUGCCAGGGCAUCCAUCCUCACAGAGCACCUGCUCAGAUACUGGCACCAUAAGGGAAGAGGUCAUAUAUGCACUAAAUACCAAAAGUGAUGAGCAUGAGGCUUCCCUGCAGGCAAUUAAGGAAGCUCACCAGGAGGAGAUCCAACGCAUCAUUGCUGAGACACGGAGUAAGAUCUUACUGUAUAAGAGCAGAGUGGGGGAGGAAAUGGAUUUGCGACAUCAAAUUCAGUCCCUUGAGGAUAUCCUGGAGAAACACAAGAAAUCCAAGGAAGAGGUCUUGGCACAGUUUGAGGUUUACAAACAGCAGGCGGCGGAGCGGGAGAAGAACAUGGAGAGAGAACACGCAGAAAGAAUAGUGGCACUGUCAAGGGAGAUGCUUAAUAUUAAGAAGGAGUUUGAGAGCAAUCUGCAACACUUCAUGGAAAUUCAGCGCAGGCUAGAGCACGACAAACAGUCGUUUAAAUUGGAAGAGAAGCACAAAAUGGAUAUCCAGUGCUUGAAUCAGGAGCUGGAAGUCCUAAAGUCAGAGAAAAUGAGACUAACCACAGAAUUUGAGAAAAAAGUAAGUAAGCUGCAAGUCUCGCACCAAAAGGAACUGGAAACUUUGAAAAAGGCUCUGCAACAGUCAGUAACUGAGACGUUGAAACAGUGGCAGACAGGACAGAAGAAGAGCCUGCAAGCUCAGGAGGUGGCUCUACAGCUAAAGCUGAAGAAACUGGAGAGCGAUAUGGAAAUCAAAGACCAAAUGAUGCAUGAGUCUAAAUCCCAAUGUCAGAAAUUGCAGGAACUGCUGAAUACUGCAGAGCUCAAAAUCCAGGAUUUGGAAAAUCAACUUCAAAAAGCAGAUAAUAAAUUGGCAACAUCAAGUGAAAAUCUGCAAAAGAUGGAAGAUGAAGCUCAGCUUUUGAGGGAGAAACUUUUAGAACAGAAAGCUGAAAUACUGCAUAAAACAGAUGAGAACAAGGAUCUGUCCCAGUCCAAACUCAGUGCUUUGGCCGAGCUGGAUGACUUGAAGAAUCAGGUGUCAGAGCUACAGCAACAGAUAACAGUAUGGGACCAACAGCAGCAGGGAAAUAAAGAUGUUGAGGCUGAACACAGUCAGCAACUAACACAGGUUAUUGAGGCUCUUACUCGUGAAAAGGAGGAACAUCAUAAAAGGCAUGAAGAGGAGCUGAAGAAACUGAAGCGAGUGGCAGAAGAGGAGAAGCUUCGUCUGAAGGAGCAGCUAAUGAAAGGAUUGGAGGAGCUGGUAAAGAAACAUACCACUGAGAUCAAGGCAGUACAGACCUCGAUGGAAUUGGAAAGGAAAAGACUGCAGAAGGAGCUACAAAAUCAGUUGGAUGAAAUUAACAUCAAGGUCGAGAAUGAAAGGCAUCUGCUAGAGAAAGAAAAGGAGGUACUUUACAAUAGACUCCAGGACUCUCUGCAGCAGAUUUCUAGGAUGGAAAACUUAAUGAAACAGAGAGAUAAGGGCAUAGAACAACCUGACCGUGACUGUACACAUUUGCAAGCAAGUCAUGAAAGCUUACUGAAGGAUCGGGAACAGGCGUUCAACCAGAUAUCAGAGCUGCAGGAGAAAUUGAAAAAGCAGAAAGAACAGCAUGAAGCUUUGGUUUCAUCCUUGCAAAAAGAACACCUUCAACAAACACAACAGUUAGAGGUGAAGUGGAAAGAAAAAGUACGAUGUGACAGUGAGAAGCUGCAGGAAAGGCUGAAGAGAGAACAUGUAAGUGACAAGCAGUCUGCUCUGGCUCACCUGCAGCAGGAGAAAGAGCAUGAGAUGGAAACCCUGCAGAAAAAGUGGAAAGAAACAACAGGAACGCUUGAAGCAGAGCUUGCAUGUGCGAAGAAGAACUUAGAACAACAAAUAAACGCUUCCCAAGCUGCAGUCCAGUUGCUUCAGUCCCAACUGAAUGAAGAAAAGGAAACUCUCCUGCAGAACGUUCAGUAUGUCACCUCGCUAAAUCAGGAUCUUAAAUCCCAGCUUGAGACCCUAAAACAACAAGCCCUCAAAAGUGAGGAGAGGAGUAAACAGCAGGAGGAUAAUUACCAGAAUCAGCUUAAAACACUGACAGAGGCUGUACUAACGUCCCAGAGAGAAAUAUCCGAGCUGCAGAAAGAAAGGACACUCCUUCAGGAUAAUGUGGAAUGGCUCAACAAGGAACUGGAAUUAAAGAAUCAGGAAGCCAUGCAGCAGAGAAUUAAAGAGGAGCAUCACAAAUCACUGGAAGAAGAGCUGAAGGCAGAACAUGAAAAGGAAGUCAAUUUGCUGAAACAAAAUCAUUUGAAAGAAAUCCAAGGCAUUGUGUCUGAUUUCAGCAGCUCCCAAACCCGUCUCCAAGCAAAAAUAGUUUCCUUGGAAACUGAAUUGAAAGAGAUAGAAGAAAAAUCACAAAAGCAUGAAUCCAAACCAGAAGAUUUACACCUCAUUAAUAAGCUUCAAGAUAAGCUAUCAGAAAGUGAUCAGGUUACUAAAAGACUCCUGGAUGACAGGAGGUUUCGGCAAAUAGCCUUGGCAAACAGUGAAAGUAACAUCAAUAGAUCUUUUGCCAGAAGUCCUAUACCUGGAAGCUUCACUCCUACCAUGAAGAAAAAGAGAACGGAAGAUAUGCCGGUCCGGGUGGUCAGUGUUCCAAACCUGAGUUCGUAUGAGAAAAGCUUUCUAAGCUCUGAAUCAAGUUCAAUCAAUAAGUUUCCUGCAAUGACUAAAUCUCCAAGCCUGGACCAAAAUCUUAACAGCACAUCAAGAAUAUUUCUUCAGCCUUUACAAGUACAGCCAUCAAAACCAGCCCCAAGAGACAGUUCUGAGACAGUUCUAACACUGUUGAAGAAUGUACAGAAAAAUGAGGCACAGAAUGAUUACUGCUCAAGUCAUGUGGGUGCCAGCCAGGAAUUACUGGGCAAUCGAUACUUACAAUAUACUGCUAAUGUCACAAAGUAA